AUGCGAGCGGUACUGCCGGGGAGACCCCCAGCGAAGCUCCAGUCGUUCAGUACAGCGCUGUGGGACGGUCUACGUGUUGUUGCAUACAUCUCCGGCCACGCGCUAGUUAUCCUCGGCGGUCCGCAGAAGCUCAUACAAACAAUUUAUGUCGACGAUACCGAUGCCCUUGAAGCUAUAGCUUUCGAGGAGACCUCCGGGAGGAUUGCUGUCUGUGGAGGUCCCGAUGUAUUCGUGUACCAGCCGUAUGGCAUCCAGGGCGAGACAUUGAAGUGGUCUCUCCUUUACACGUUUCGCGCCGGCGAUGACGACGAACCGAUCUAUACACUAUCGUGGGGUUCCGCGAACGAGCUUCUAGUGGGCAAUUCCAGGCUCGCCCUCUGGUUUUUGAAUGACGAACCACGCCUAGUAUGGAAGCGCCAGCUUGCGACACCAGUGAAAUUCGCACAAUUCUCCCCGGACUCAGCUUUGAUUGUUACAAUAGGCAAAUACGACCGCUUGGCCAAGAUAUGGAGGCGGCUUGCGUUUGGCGCGGACGAGGUCCGCUUUGAGGUCUCGUAUCUCCCGCACCCGAAUGUUGUGACUGGGAUACACUGGCGAAUGCCGCGACAUCCUGAUCAAUCUAUGGAUAAUGUUCUCUACACAUUUUGCGCCGAUAAUAAGAUUCGGGUGUGGGCUGUAACGGAUCACCAUGCGCUCUCGCCGCUACAGUUCUGGGCUGCAAUUGAUAUGGGAGAGUCGGUUCAACCUAGACAUGCCUUGGGUGACAAACAGGGACCACAACGCCGGUAUGGGUUUAUCUUGGAUGGCCGCGACUUUUGUGCUGCAACUGAGCGCGCUAUCCAGAGGACCACGGGGAAUAAAGAGAACCAUGCAUUGGAGCAUAUCAUUGAAGUUGCGAACAAGGCGCCGGAGAUCUGUGUUGUGAUUGAUGGUCAAGGUCAUAUGUCCGCCUGGGCCUUGGAAGACGUUGGUUCUAAGGCAAAGACCAAGCUGAGUGUCUUCAAUAUCCUCCAUGUGGAGGGGUUGGAGCUCGGAUUUGCUACUAAUAGGCCGCCGCAAGAAGACUAUGCUCAAAUCCAUGCGUUCCAAAAUACCUCCUCUGAUGACACGUUAAGCAUUCUGGUUCAUCACUUUGACGGCCGUAUUGAGUGGUAUGACUCCCAUGUCGAUGUUCUCUUUGACCCUGCACCUCGAACAAAACGAAUCAAACAAACUGCGUCUUGGUCAGGUCACACAGCUCCUGUCAAGAAAAUUGUCAGAAACGCCAUUGGAGAUACACUUGUGUCUCGUACCAACGAGAAUAAAGCAACGGUAUGGAAACAACGGCACCAUGACGGUGGAUCACGAUUGAACCAUAAAAGCGUGGUGCUCUCUGACGAGCAUAUCCACCGGACAUGUGUAUUGGAGAAUAGCAGUCUCCUUGUCAACCUUCACCAUAAUGGCAUUUCGCUGUGGGAUUAUAGCUCUUACCAUGCAAAGAAAGUGGCUUCAUUGCCAUUCACCCGGGAUAACAAGCCGCUCUGUGUCCUCCCAAUUCCUAGCACGGAUAUCACUCCAGGCAUUGCAUAUGUAGCGACUAUCUGGGCAGAUAUGCAUGGCAUCGCAUGGGAAAUCAAGUGGCCAUCUAAGGGCAGUCAGAACAAAUCUGGAAGUGACGCAGUUUAUCAUCUCCGAGAGCUCUGUGAAUUUGACAUGGGCUUGAAAGAAGACGUCGCAUACAUCCUUCCUGUGGACCCGGCCGGCCCCAAAGCCAAGCACUCUGGCUUCUUCGAUGCCUUUUCCGCCGAUAUCGCUCUCUCAUAUACAUACAGCGGUGUUGUGCGUACCUGGACCGCCAAGGUUGAUCCUGUAAACGCAAAGGCCGAAUGGCUGCUGCAGUCCACAGUUGACACUGGCAUCAUCAACCCUUCUCUGGCUAGUGGAAGCUCCAUUCGAAAGGCAGCUUUGGUAGACGAAGAUCGGACUCGCCUCACCAUUUGGGAUACAAACAAUGCUCAAUUGGAAUUUGAGGAACGGUUCGCUUCACAUGAUAUCAUUAGGGAUCUUGACUGGACCUCAACACCCGACAAACAAUCCAUCUUGGCUGUGGGAUUCCCGCACAAGGUUGUUCUUCUUUCACAGCUUCGUUACGAUUAUCUUGACUCCCGACCAUCAUGGACUCAGGUUCGGGAGAUCUGGAUCCGGGAUCUCACGCCUCACCCCAUAGGAGACUCUUGCUGGUUGAACAAUGGCCAUUUGGUCAUAGGUGCUGGUAAUCAGCUCUUUGUUUGGGAUAAGGAUAUUGAUGUUGGAGACCGUCUUGUGUCUGAGCUUCGAAUGCCGCCCCGGGGACUUCCGUCGGUCGAUAUGUUUGAUGUCGUGAGCCGGCUCAAUGGUCCACUACCUGUGUUCCAUCCACAAUACUUGGCACAGUGUAUUUUGGCUGGGAAGACCACUUUAGUGCAUUCAAUUCUGCUGAGCCUGCAUCGAAAAUUGAAGUUCUACACCCAGGGUGACGAACUAGAUGGUUUCUUAGAGAUGCCAGUUGAAUAUUUCUACGAAGAAGAAGGCUCCCAGCAAGCAGUCUCAAAAGAAAUGCGCUCCUCCUUCAUGGAUUCCUCCGAUUACCAGGAGUCAUCUGUUAUCGAUGAAACUACGGCGACUGCACUUAACGAGAACCUGGCACGCAUUGCUCUCCCACAACUCUCCAGUCACGAGCAGUUCCGCCUGGCUGAUACCAUUGAAUGUGUUGCGAUGGUCGAAAAGCACAGACGAUCGAUGGACGAUAAUGCAGCGCGAUACCUUCUGUUCUUCCGACAGCACAUGUUGCGACGGUCCCAAGGAGUUGCCAACAAAGAUACUGUCUCAUGGCGAGAGAUUGUAUGGGCUUAUCAUAGCAGCAGUCAAGACAUCCUCACAGAUCUUGUAUCACGACAAUUCAAUGGAAAGUUGACAUGGAAGGCUGCUCGUGAGAGUGGUCUUUUCAUGUGGCUCUCGGAUCCGGCAGCUGUCAAAACACAACUUGAGAUCCUGGCUCGGUGCGAAUACACCAAGACAGAAGAGCGGAAUCCCAUCGACUGCACUUUAUACUACCUGGCUCUUGGGAAGAAAAGCGUUCUCCAGGGCCUCUGGCGCAUUGCGCACUGGAACCGUGAACAAGCAGCCACCCAGCGUCUGUUGGCAAAUGAUUUCAAAGAACAACGAUGGAAGACAUCUGCUCUCAAGAAUGCCUAUGCAUUGCUUGGGAAGCGCCGAUUUGAAUAUGCCGCAUCUUUCUUCCUUCUGGCAGACCACUUACGUGAUGCUGCAAACGUGAUCAUGAACCAGAUGGGUGACCUCCAGCUUGCGAUCGCCAUCACGCGAGCAUAUGAAGGAGACAAUGGACCAGUUCUUCGAGAAAUUCUCGAGGAGAGAGCAUUACCCGAAGCUGCAUCGGAGGGCAACCGCUGGAUGGCGUCUUGGGCUUUCUGGAUGCUCGGACGGCGAGAUAUGGCAGUGCGGACACUGAUUUCACCGGUCGAGACGCUAUUACUACCACCAACCCCAACCUCCCCAGCAAGCCCAGGACGAGUGACCCUACAAUCAAAAUCCUACCUCUCCAACGAUCCCGCUCUAGUCGUUCUCUACCACCAACUCCGCGCAAAGACCCUCCAAACUCUCAAGGGCGCUUCAAAGGUUCGACCCCGUGAAGAAUGGGAAUUCGUUCUCCGCAACGCCAGACUGUACGACCGCAUGGGGUGUGAUUUCCUCGCUUUAGAUCUGGUGCGCCACUGGGAGUUCCUCGGCGGAUUACCUAUGAAGGACUCCAUGCAUGCUAAUACUUCUUUCGAAAUGACUGAUAAUGGCGUUGAUUAUCGGAAGUUGCUUCGUCGGCGGAGUAGCCUUGUUGUGGCAGACCUGCCGGUCCGACUUGCAGACUCACGAGUCCUUGCGGCUAAGAAGACUGCGGAUGAAUCGAAGGAAGAGAAACCCAAGCCGAAACCACCUCCGACUAUGUUCCAUGAGCCGGACGCUAAUUCUUUGUUGGAUAGCUUUGGGUUCUAG